GAUUCAUAUUAAGUAGGAAUUAUACUAACUAUAUUGUUUCCAAGAUGUGCAUAAAUUAAUUUGUGUGUUUUGAUGUUUGUAAUCUUUCUUUUUACCUCUUUGAUUGGAUGCAAACAACAUGGAAAGAUUAGUGUUUCAACUUACAGCAGUUGCAUCAAGUUUGUGGGGGCUAAAAAUGUCUCCAAGGCACUGGAGAUAUACCACAGCAUUCCAGACGAGUCAACCAAAAUCAAUGUCUUUAUAUGUAACUCCAUUCUUAGUUGUCUGGUCAAGAAUGGGAAGCUUGAAAGCUGCAUCAAAUUGUUUGAUCAGAUGAAGCGUGAUGGUCUGAAACCAGAUGUGGUUACGUAUAACACGCUGCUUGCAGGUUGUAUCAAGGUUAAAAAUGGAUACCCUAAUGCUAUGGAACUCGUUGGAGAGCUGCCACAUACUGGAAUACAAAUGGAUGGUGUGAUGUAUGGGACUGUCUUGGCCGUUUGUGCUUCAAUUGGUCGAUCUGAAGAAGCUGAAAACUUUAUCCGGCGGAUGAAAGCUGAAGGUCAUUCGCUAAACAUAUACCAUUACAGCUCUUUGCUCAAUUCUUAUUCUUGGAAAGGAGAUUACAAGAAAGCUGAUGAGCUGAUGACCGAGAUGAAAUCAAUAGGAUUAGUGCCUAACAAGGUGAUGAUGACAACUUUACUAAAGGUUUAUAUUAAAGGAGGGUUGUUUGAUAGAUCAAGAGAAUUACUCUCUGAACUUGAAUCUGCUGGGUACGCCGAGAAUGAGAUGCCAUAUUGUAUGUUGAUGGAUGGGCUUUCAAAGGCAGGAAAGUUAGAAGAAGCGAGGUCAAUCUUUGAUGAUAUGAAAGGGAAAGGUGUUAAAUCUGAUGGCUAUGCAAACAGCAUCAUGAUAUCUGCUUUAUGUCGAAGUAAGCGUUUCGAGGAGGCAAACGAACUGUCAAGGGACUCUGAAACCACUUAUGCAAAUUGCGACUUGGUAAUGUUAAACACAAUGCUCUGUGCCUAUUGCAGAGCAGGAGGUAUGGAAAGUGUUAUGCGAAUGAUGAAGAAAAUGGAUGAGCAAGCCGUUAGUCCUGACUAUAAUACUUUCCAUAUCUUGAUCAAAUAUUUCAUCGAGGAGAAGCUGCACCUGCUUGCGUACCAAACCAUACUUGAUAUGCACAGCAAAGGCCACCGCCUUGAGGAGGUAACCAGCAUCAAGACAUUGCUUGUUUUUAUAGUUCUAAUAUAGAAAUCUUGCUUCGUAGCUUCUUGUAUUUGUUUUCUAGUAAGUAAUGCUAGACAAUGCAAAAUUUAGCUCUCGAUUUAGGGUUUGUUUUCUUUCCUUUUAAGUUUGUUUUUCUUCUUCUACCCAAAUGGGCCAAGCCCAACGUAUUCGUCCAAUAACUUUAUAAAAUAACAAUAUAGGGCCAUUGGCUGUCCAA